AUGACUCGCGGCAACCAGCGUGAUCAAGAUCGCCUUAAAGCACAGAAGAAGGCUGCUGCCAAUGCGAAGAAAACAAAGGAAAGUGCUAGCUCUUUAGCAAAGCGCAAGGAGGCAGAUGCCGAAAUUCUGCGCGCGAAACAGAAGAAAAAAGAGGAGGCUGCAGCGGCCGGCGGUGGCAAAUGA